UCUAUCGCCAAUCGCUCCAUCCCUCCCCCCACCACCUCCCCUGUCGCCGUCGCCGCCCACGCGCGCGCCCAUAUAAGCCGAUCGCGCCCCCAGGCCCGUCAUCGCCAGAGAGCCCGAAUCCCCCGAGCCCGAGCGCCGAGCGCAAGCGGCGCAAUCGCAAUUCGCAGCAGGUGCAGCUCGCUCGAGCAGGCGGCAGCGUGGGGGCGGCGGCGGGGCGGGCAUGGGCAACUGCCAGGCGGCGGAGGCGGCGGCCGUGGUGAUCCAGCACCCCGGCGGCAAGGUGGAGCGGCUGCACGGGCCGGCCACGGCGGGCGAGGUCAUGCGCAGCAACCCCGGGCACUACGUCGCGCUCGUCGUCCUCCGCGUCUCCGGCGUCGGCGCCAAGACCGAGUCCGGUUGCGGCGGCGGAGGAGCCAGGAUCACCAAGGUGAAGCUCCUCAAGCCCAAGGACGCGCUGCUGCUGGGCCAGGUCUACCGCCUCGUCACCUCGCAAGAGGUGGCGAAGGCGAUCCAGGCCCGGCGGCAGGACAAGACGCGGCGGUGCGGGGAGGCGCCGGACGACCGGCGGCGUCAGCGGCCGUCACCGCAGCCGGGGCACGCCGCCGCCGACCAGGAACAAAAGCGGGCGGAGAAGGCGGACCGGCAGCACCGCGGCGGCGGGCCCGGCGGAGGCGGCGCGAGGGGGCGGCACUGGCGGCCGUCGCUGCAGAGCAUCUCCGAGUCGGCGAGCUGACGCCACCGCGGCUGCUCCGCUUCCGCGGCGAGUAGCAGCAGUAGUAGCAGUAUAGAAAAGUCUAGAAUUGUAGAUGCGGUGUACAUUGGGCGAGAGACUGAGAGGAGCAGCGAGAGAGACGGCAGCAGGAGCUGCAUGCUCCCCGUGUGGUUUUCUUAGUGAUGGAACAGUGAAAGAAGAGGUAGCCUUGAAAAUUUCCCCCGAAUCUCCCUGAAAUCGACCUCUCAGCCGUGAAAUCGGUGCGUUCAAGUGGUACCAUGUCGUGGCGUCAGGCGAGUCGUCACAGUUUGCCGCGUUCCGGCGUUCGCGGUGUCUGCAGGCUGCUGCCACGGCUCAGGCACCAGGCCAUGAGAGAGAAGGGAGGCCCUCGACCUCCACGGCCCCACCCGCAGAUUCAGAGAGAGGGAGGGAGGGAGAGGGAGAGAGAGAGAGAGAGAGAGAGAAGGCGAUUGCUUCUUGCUCGAGUGGAGAGAUCCGGAACCAGGCGCGCCACCGCGCCUCGCCUCGCUGACAGAGCGGUGUCGACGGCGGAAGGCGAUGGACGCAUCGGCAUCACGCCAGCGAUUUUUCAAACAACCUCCUCUGCUCUGCUCUCUGUUCUGCAGCGCGAUGCGUCGUCUCGUCACAUGGCAGCAGGCAGCAGGCGAUCGCUGAAUCUGAAUCGCCGUGAUCGAUCUCAUUGGUGCUGCUCUGCGUCUGCUCUGCCUGCAAAGUUGCAGUGAUGGCUGGUGAGGAUAUCGCAUGGCGCCAUGGCCUCAGCACUCAGCAGCUCGGUCGUGCGUGACGAGCGAGCAAUGAUGGGUGCACCAAAAGGGCAGUGGCCGCGCGCGCCAUCGCCAAUCCGCCAUGGCCAUGGCAUGGUGCGUGUGUUCGCGUGAUGCAAAAGGCCAAGGGAAUGGGGCGCCAAAGGGCAGCGCCGGAAUGGGUACAAUCAUGGCCCCCGGAAAG